UCACGCCGACGGAUGCCAACCGCUGGAGCAUCGCAGAUACAACCUAUAGCUACAUAUAGCCUAUAGCUAUCUGAUCUGAAAAACAUUCGAGUUUGAGAAGUUGGACAGUGUUUUAUUUAUUUGUUCAAUCAACUAAACCCCAACCAAAUGGUCACCUGCGGCCGGCAAACGUUCAACAUGCUGCCCAUGGCGCCGACGAGUCCUUUUGUGAGCAGCAGCUCCUCGAUGGCCGCAUCCACGACUUCCGUUUCCGCCAGCACAGCCUCCGUUUCGGCCUCGGCGGGCAGUAAGCCCAAGCUGGCCUUCAGCAUCGACUCGAUUGUGGGCGAAUCCUCGACGAGAUCGGCUCCCCUGAGGGUCAGUGUGAUAUCCUCGCCGCCGCCGCGCAGCGAAAGUCCCGCCUCGCCGACGAACACGAACAACAGUGGCCGGCGGACGCCGAGGGGAUAUAUCUACUGCCGGAGGAGGGAUUCCCUCGACCGAUCGCGUAGUCCGCCAAGAUCACCGGCCAGCCGAUCGCCAACGCCUCCGAAUGCAGGAGGGAAUGGAAAUGCGAAUACUGCCCCUCAAAAAUCAGGAGAUCCCCUACCAGCGGGAGCGGGAAAUCCAGCCAACCCAACACUCAUCCGUCCGAUGCCUUUGCCGGCGCCAAAUCUAGCUUUAAUCCAGAACCGCACCUCCCCGAACGCCAUGGCGGUGCGCAUGUCGGGUCCGCCCCACCCCCACCCUCCGCCGCCCCCGUUCCUUGCCGCCCAGUUCCAAAUGGCUGCCGCACUGGCCCAUCAUCACCAGCAGCAACAGCAGCAGCAGCAGCAGCAGCAACAACAGCAGCAACUUCCGCCCGUGCCAACUGGACCGCCACAUGGUCCGCAUCCGCAUCUGCCGCCUGGUCAAAUUCCAAUGGGAAUCUUUCCGGGCGGUCCGCAUCCAGGACAUCCUCCGCCCCACGGACAUCACCCCUUCGGGAGCGCUCCUCAUCUGAUCCGCGAUAGCUAUCCGCUGUAUCCAUGGCUGCUCAGUAGACAUGGACGCAUUUUUCCACGAUUUCCAGGCAAUUUCCUGUUCCAGCCAUUCCGCAAGCCGAAACGCGUUCGCACCGCCUUCUCGCCGACGCAGCUGCUCAAAUUGGAGCACGCCUUCGAGGGGAAUCACUACGUGGUGGGGGCGGAGCGCAAGCAGUUGGCCCAAGGACUCAGUCUGACCGAAACCCAGGUGAAAGUGUGGUUCCAGAACCGCCGCACCAAGCACAAGCGGAUGCAGCAGGAGGGCGGCGAUGGGAGCGACACCAAGAGCAACAAGGGCAGCUCCUCCGGUGGCGGAGGGGGUGGUGAUGGGGAGGACGACGGCAAGCACGAUGGAUCGCAGCACAGCUACGAGGAUGCCGAGGAUCCCGAGGACGACGAGGAGAUCGAGGAGGACGACGAGGACGAGGUGAUCGACAUGGAUGACUAUGGCAGCGAAAUGGACGCGGAGGAGCACCAGCGACUGCGGGAGCAGUUCCAGCAGCAACUGGCCCAGCACCAGCAGCAGUUCCUCCAGCAGAAUCCCGGCGAUGCGGCGGCCGCCCUCAGUCCCCAGCAGCAGCAUCAGUUGCUGCAGCAGCACCAGCAACACCUGCAGCAGCAACACCAGCAGCAGCAGCAACACUUCAUCCAGCAGCAGCAACUCUAUCUGCGGGAAAGGGAGAGGGAGCGGGAUAGGGAAAAAUCCCGGGAGCGGGAAAGGGAGAGGGAGCGGGAAAAGUAG